UCAUCAAGUGUGAUAAUUUCAAAAAUAUCAUUAGUUUUUUUUCAAUUCUUCAUUUUUUCGUUUGUUUUGUUUUGUUUUUGAAAAGUGUUUAAAAUCAUUCUGUCUGUGUGUAAUCAGUGUAUUUGUGCGUGGGUGUCAAUAUUGUUUUCAACGAUGAAAUUUUUUAUGUUUUAAAUCAACAUAGAAGAAGAUCAUUUAAAACUUGAUUGAUCGCCAUUAAUUAAUUGCUUAAUUAAUUAAUAAAUCAUCUUGAAUAUCAUUUAAUUUUCAUCAAAAAUCUCCACGUAAAAUCGACCGAAAACGAUUUCCCACAUUAUGUCAACAAACGCCAUCGUUGGCGGACAUUAUGGUAGUCCGCUUGAUGGCGUUAGCCAAUCAUCAACCACACAACCACCAUCAUCCGUUGGUGGUUUAUCAUUAGUACCACCAGGUAUUUCACCUGGUAUUGUAGAUCAUCAUCAAACCGGUACUGUUGGUGGUUCUUUAACAUCACGCCAUGAUAUUAAUGAAAUAUUACAACAAAUUAUGAAUAUUACUGAUCAAUCAUUAGAUGAAGCACAAGCAAGAAAACAUACGUUAUAUUGUCAUCGUAUGCGACAUGCGCUUUUUAGCGUCCUCUGUGAGAUCAAAGAAAAGACUGUUCUAAGUCUAAGAAAUACACAGGAAGAAGAACCACCGGAUCCACAAUUAAUGCGAUUAGAUAAUAUGUUGAUUGCUGAAGGUGUUGCUGGACCGGAAAAAAGUGGCGGUAAUGGUCAAUCAGCUGCAGCCAAUGCAUCUGCUGCUGCUGCAGCAGCAGCGGCAGCCGUUGGACAUUCGACCGGUGAAUCAGCUAUUGAACAUUCUGAUUAUCGAGCUAAAUUAGGCCAAAUUCGUACCAUUUAUCAUCAAGAAUUGGAAAAAUACGAACAGGCUUGCCAGGAAUUCACAACGCACGUUAUGAAUCUAUUACGUGAACAAUCACGAACACGGCCAAUAACGCCCAAAGAAAUUGAAAGAAUGGUGCAAAUAAUACAUAAAAAAUUCAACUCUAUACAAGUCCAAUUGAAACAGAGCACCUGUGAAGCCGUCAUGAUAUUAAGGUCUCGUUUUCUUGAUGCAAGGAGAAAACGAAGAAAUUUUUCCAAACAAGCAACCGAAAUACUAAAUGAAUAUUUUUAUUCACAUUUAUCAAAUCCGUAUCCCAGCGAAGAAGCCAAAGAAGAAUUGGCCCGAAAGUGUUCCAUAACAGUAUCGCAGGUAUCCAAUUGGUUUGGUAAUAAACGAAUUCGUUAUAAAAAGAAUAUUGGUAAAGCGCAAGAAGAAGCAAAUCUUUAUGCUGCCAAAAAAGCAGCUGCUGCCGGCAAUUCUCCUUAUGGCCUAACGCCUUCAUCACAAAAUUCAUCCAUAAUGAGUCCACCACCACCGCCUAGUUCAUCGCAGGAUGGUUGGUCACUGAAUGGUGAUUAUAGUUCGGCUCAGGUUGCAAUGGGAUACAGUCCGCAUGGUGUAAAUAGUCCGUGAUACAUCUCUCUCUCUCUCUCUCUUUUUCUUUUUCCUCAUCAUUAUAAUCACCAUCAUCAUCAUUCAUCAAUGAAGAAAAACCUCAUCAUUAUCAUCAUUCUCAUCAUCAUCAUUUGAUAUGAUAAUGUCGUU